GCUUAAAUCUCGCUCGGCCGCCAUGUUGACUGCUGGCGCCGAAGCUUGCCCGGGCGGCGCCAUGUUAGGGCUUCGCCGCUUUGCCUGCAGCACAUGGCGGGAAAGGGCGGCUCGGGGACGGCGGCGGGUUUGCUGAAUGGCGGGGCCGGCGAAGGGCCAGGCGGGAAGCGGGCCCGGCUGGGGUCGGCUCCCCACGUCCUCCCUGCGGGGAACCGGGUGACGGUGGUGCUGGGGGCGCAAUGGGGGGACGAGGGCAAAGGGAAGGUGGUCGACCUGCUCAGCCUCGACGCCGACCUGGUCUGCAGGUGCCAGGGUGGCAACAAUGCAGGACACACUGUGGUGGUGGACACGGUGGAAUACAAUUUCCAUCUCUUGCCCAGCGGAGUGAUCAAUCACAACGCCACAGCAUUCAUUGGGAACGGGGUCGUAAUUCACCUUCCGGGACUCUUUGAAGAAGCUGAGAAGAACUUAAAGAAGGGACCAGGGUUGGAAGGCUGGGAAACGAGGACUGUGAUUUCCGAUCGCGCUCACUUGGUGUUUAAUUUCCACCAAGCUGUGGAUGGCAUCCAGGAGCAUCAGAGGCAACAGCAAGGAGGCAAAAAUUACAUCGGCAAAGUGUACGGCGUGGUGAAGGCGUACACCACCCGCGUCGGUGUGGGGACUUUCCCCACCGAGCAGAACAACGAGAUCGGCGAGACGCUCCAAACACGGGGACGGGAAUUUGGCGUCACCACGGGCCGUAAGCGGCGCUGCGGCUGGCUGGACCUCGUCCUGGUGAAAUACGCCCACAUGAUCAAUGGUUUCAGCGCCCUGGCUGUGACCAAGUUGGACAUACUUGACACCUUUGAAGAGAUCAAAGUGGGUGUGGAAUACCAUCUGGAUGGGAAGCAGAUUCCAUAUUUCCCAGCCAACCAGGAGCUCCUGAACAAAGUCACCGUGAAGUACAAGGAGCUUCCUGGAUGGAAGCGUAGCACCGAGGGGGCUCGCACCUUUGACGACUUGCCCUCCGAGGCCCAGGCUUACAUCCGGUUUAUCGAGGGCUACCUGGGAGUGCCAGUCAAGUGGAUUGGUGUCGGGAAAUCUCGCAAAUCCAUCAUCAAACUCUUUUGAGAUCUUCUGCCUCCCCACCCCGGAUUGAAGCCUCUCAAGUCCAUUGGGCAAGCAGCUGAGGACACCCGCUCACCCCUCUUGAAUGCACUCAAGCCAGACCCCCUCCCCUUCCUCAGUUUCCCCCCGUGUAAAAUUUCCUCUUGGCCCUUGAUUCUGUCCGUUGGUUGUUCGGGAACAGAAUUAGGACAGAUCCUGCUGGCAGCUGAGCUUUACACAUCUUUCCAGGACAAAUUAAGGGCACACACUCCAUUUUCGCACCCUGUUCCUUUUCCCACCCACCCCCCACCCCAAUAAGUUGCCAUCGAUCACCCCUAACCCUGAUCUGACCAGCAGUCAUGGUUCACCGUCUCUUUCCAUGUUACUAGUCCCUUUUGUCAUUCCUUGGCAGUCAGCCUGACCCCAUGUUGGAGGUGUUUCUCUUCCCCCCCCCCACCAUCCCUUCCAGCCAGAUGGGGGAGGGGGGAGUGGUUCAUGGGAAUUGUAGUCCCCUGGUGCAAAAAUGGCAGCCUUCCAUUGGUUGUCUGCUACAGUGGGAAUUCCACCCAGUGUCGGCUGGCAGUGAGGAAUGCUGGGAGCUGUAGUUUCAGCAUCCUAUCUACUGUAUAGAACUUGGGCGGUAAGUAGACUUCUGGAGGAGGGGGAAAGGUCCAUUGUAAUUUCAAACCAUCACAAAGGGGAUCUGUCAUAAGUCAAGGACCUCCCCUGUUCCUUGGAAACUAGUGCAUCGUUGAAUCGCAGACGUUUUGUGCCUUUGAAAACUUAUUGACGCGUCGCCCAAUUUUUUUUAGCUUUCUAUAUAUAUAUAUAUUUUAAAAAACAGCACGCUUUCUACGUUUGAAUCUAAUUGUAGGGAUCUCCCAUCUCCAGGGAUCGCUAAAUUACAGAAGCACUCCCUGUAGAUUCUGUGGCAUUUUUUCCCCCUUGGGGACCUUAAUCAGGACUAGCCUCUUUAAUUGCCAUUUUGGUUAACAAGAGAAGCAGCCAUUUAACACAAGCAGCCGAUGGGAUGCUAAAGCUUUCUAGAUUUCUACCUGCACCAACCUCUCUCACUACGUCCAAAACCACACGAAACUUUAGUGCUUUAGAAGGAAACCUGUUUUGUUCUCACCUCGGUUGUUAAGUUUGCUUCUGGCAAUCUGCCACCCAAAGCAAUAAAGAAUCACGAUUUAUUUUUAUAAAUCGUUUGGAAUAGUGAAA